AAUGUUAUCCCCUAGGGUUUGAGGUGUUGUCAUCCUCAAGGCUAAUGGUUAAGGUUUGCAGUUCCACUCUUCUUGAGCGGCUCACCGUAAUUCAGUGCGCCGAUUCUCUCAACCGUGAUUAUGCGUCGCUUCCAACUUCUCCGCCCAAUCACCACUGCCCGUCCCUUCUCUACCGUCGACCUCUCCACCGUUGAUUCCUCUUCUCCGCUCCUUCAAUACUAUACCGUCACGCCGCCGAUCAAACCAUGGCCGGAACGCCUCUAUCCGAGACGCCUCGUCUCCAUGAUCACCCGCCAGCAAAAUCUCGAUCUUGCCAUCCAAAUCUCCCUCUACGCCGGGAAAUACCACCCCGGGUUUUCCCAUAAUUGCUACACCUAUUUCUCAAUCAUCGAGAAGCUCUCCCGCGCUCGUGCCUUUGAGCCCGUGGAAUCUCUCCUCUCUCAGCUCCGAGAUUCCCAAAUCAAAUGCGGCGAAAAUAUUUUCCUCACGCUAAUUCGAAAUUACGCCCUCGCUGGCCGCCCAAACUUAGCAGUCAAAACCUUUCUGCGCAUUGGCGAAUUCGGGGUUCAGCACUCUGUGAAAUCCUUGAACACGCUAUUGAAUGGCUUGAUUCAGAACAAACGGUACGAUUUGGUGCAUUUUAUGUUUAAGAAUAGCAAAACCAAGUUUAACAUUGUACCGAAUGUGUGUACUUGUAAUAUUUUGAUCAAAGCUCUUUGCAAGAGAAACGACAUUGAGAAUGCAAGAAAGGUGUUAGAUGAAAUGCCUGUAAUGGGGAUGGUGCCUAAUUUGGUUACUUAUACCACGAUUCUUGGUGGUUAUGUUGCCAGGGGUGACAUGGGAAGUGCGAAGAAGGUUUUUAGUGAGAUUUUGGAUAGAGGGUGGGUGCCUGAUGCUACAACUUAUACAGUUUUGAUGAAUGGAUAUUGUAGAUUAGGGAGGUUGGUUGAUGCUGUAAAGGUGAUGGAUGAUAUGGAGGAAAAUGGUGUUGAACCUAAUGAAGUUACUUAUGGGGUUAUGAUCGAAGCAUUUUGUAAGGAGAAGAAAUCUGGUGAAGCAGGAAACAUGCUUGAUGAUAUGCUUGAGAGAAAAUACAUGCCAAGUCCUGCACUUUGUUGUAAGGUGAUGGAUGUGUUAUGUGAGGAGGGAAAGGUAGAGGAUGCCUGUGAGUUGUGGAGGAGGUUGCUGAAGAAUAAUUGCAUUCUAGAUAAUGCUAUAUUAAGUACUCUUAUCCAUUGGCUUUGUAAGAAGGGGAAUUUUUUGGAGGCAAGGAAGUUGGUUGACGAGUUUGACAAGGGUUCUGUUCCUAGUCUAUUAACAUAUAACACACUAAUUGCUGGAAUGUGUGAGAGAGGGGAGUUAGGUGAGGCAGGGAAGCUAUGGGAUGAUAUGGUGGAGAAGCGUUGUCGUCCUAAUGCAUUCACAUACAGUAUAUUGAUUAAAGGAUUUUGCAAGAUUGGCAGUGCGGUAGAGGGGGUUAGGAUUUUGGAGGAAAUGUUAGCUAAAGGAUGCCUUCCCAACAAGACUACUUACACCGAAUUAAUACAGGGCCUCCAAAGGUUGGGGAAGGAAGUAGAAGUGGAAAAAGUUGUUUCAUUGGCCAUGUCAAGCGGGGGAAUAGAUAGGGACUUUUGGGAUAUUUUCAUAAAAGAGGUUGUUGAUAAGCUGGAUAGCGGGAAGGAUGUUCUUGAUAGAUUAUUGUCGGAGAAUACUGGCUAAAGAACCAUCUGUAGUAAGAGUUAAUCAUGAAUCUCAGUUGCACCUGAAGUAAUAUGAUGGUUAACUCUAAUAGUGUGGUGAAAAUUUCCAUGGCUGCCCACCGUAGAGCUUGUGAAAGUGAUAUGGAUCCAUAGCACAAGUUGGUUUUGGCUCCAAAGAAGCUGCCAAGUCAUACAUCAUGAGGAAGUUGGAGAACAUGGGAAACAAGUUGUGUGGCUUCUCUUAUCUAGUUCUCCCAAUCCAAUAUAGCAACCUACAUGGUAAAAUGUUAAAAGAGAAAUAUUUAUAACAGUGUGAAAGAGUGAUAAUGGUGAUUCAUAUGACAUACGUUCACAGUGGCGAUGCAUAGAUUUGAAAGGAAGAAGGAACAACAAGUAUUUGUUCUCUAUUGUUUUGACUCUGAAGUAUUGCCAACUUGAAAAAUCACGUUCAACCAGAGGAACUGACAGCUGUGGUCUUUGUCGGACAAAGUCAUUUGAGGAAAUUUCACCUCUGUGUAAGUGUUGUUAGGGUUUUGGACUAAGUUGAAGACAUUGUUGAAUUUGUUUCAAUGUUUUGUUGCCAAACCUCUUUCCUACCAUGAUGCAGACAGAAGAGUUGACUGAUGAUUAAUCCAAGUCUUGAUUCUAAUUUGUAUUUAUUAACAUUUAAAAAUUUCCAAAAUUUGACCAGUAUUUCCCUUCUCAUGUUUGCUUCUCACUCUGAUUAGCCCUCGCUCAUUGCUACCUAACGUCUGCACAAAAUAACUGCACAGACUACCAUUAAUUUGCUUGACUGGACCACUCACCUUCCAAGCUUGUAGUUUAGUUUGAUGGGUUCAAUAUUAUUACCCCUGCUUUGUGUUCCAUAGAAAACCUAUUUUCCUCCUCUUCUUUUUUUUUUUCCAUUUUCUUUUGGGAGAAAAAUGAUCUGUAUUGUGUUGAUAUUGAUAAGAAAGUAAAGACAGUAGC